UAACACAAUAUCAACUGAGAUUACGUUGAUCAUUCACUUUAACAUCAUCUUUAAAACUAUUUGGAUGUACUUCAUUUUGGUACUUGGUUAGCGAGACGUUUGUUUACCUUUUACUUCCGCGUCUAUCUGAAAGAAGGAAGUCGUGUCGCAAAAAGAUUUCAAUUGUCGUAGAAUGCGUCGUUUUCCAGCUGAUUUCCACAGGUCUGCUACAAGCUAGGUUGUGGUUGUUUUUAUGAGUGACAUGGCCUCAGCUCCAGCCCAGCAGCCCACCCUCACUGUUGAGCAGACUAGAGUGGUACUGAGUGAGGUGAUCCAGGCCUUCUCAGUACCUGAAAACGCUGCAAGGAUGGAGGAGGCUCGAGAAAGUUCCUGCAACGACAUGGGCAAAAUGCUGCAGCUUGUGCUGCCCGUUGCCACCCAGAUUCAACAAGAGGUUAUCAAAGCUUACGGCUUCAACAAUGAAGGAGAAGGGGUCCUAAAAUUUGCCAGAUUGGUUAAGAUGUAUGAAACUCAGGACCCUGAAAUCGCAGCCAUGUCCGUUAAACUGAAGUCUCUCCUCCUGCCACCACUGUCAACACCACCUAUAGGAGGCGCCAUUCCAGCCUCAUAGGGCUUCUUCACGGUCCACUGUAAGGUUAUUUUCAUCUAAUGCUUUAGAUCAACAUAAACUUACUGCAAUUCCAAGAUCUUGUCUAUCAUCUACUUUUCGUAAGAAACUCAUGCCUUAUCUACAUUAUGGUAUAUCUUAAAACAUCCUUCUAAACCCUGUUAAAUUAUUUCUUUUUUAAAUGUGUCAGUAUUUAUUUGUUACAGAUUACAUUAUAACCAUUUUCUUAUAUUACGGAACCUUAUACACCUUUCCUUUAAAGCCUCUGAACACCCACACAUGGGAUUUCAGUUAUUCUGGCUGAUCAGACCUCUGCUCAGGUGGAAGGUGAGCCAGAGCCCAGGUGGGAACUUAUUAGAUCACAAAUCUUUUCUACCAAUAAGAAGGAUAAAGCUGUCAUCUAUCCUGCCCUAUCAGGAGACUCAGGAAGAUGUCUAUUAGCACGCACACACACCCACACAUACCUGUGUGGGAUUUCAGGGCUUUUGCCAUUUUUUUUUUUUUUUAAUAAUUUUAUACCAUUUUUAUAUGCUGUCAGAUUUCAUUUUGUUAUGUAUUAAACAUUUUUCUGUGAAUCUCUGUGUGGUAUUACUUGAGAAAAUGUAGGGGGAAAACAACUGUCUUGUACAUAACUUUAUUAUUGCAAUAGUGCUUUGGCAACAACAUCUUCAUAUAUUUACCAUGUUAGAAAUACUUUAGAAGCGCUUUACACACAUUUUCAUAUAUACUUUUCUUCAAAGGCAACUUCCCUUAGGCGGGUAACUAGCAUUUAAGGUUAAAACAUCACUUUUCCAACAAAAUCUGGAAUCAUGUCUGCCCCUUUCUUUGUUUUGUGGUUUUAGAUUUGGGUGCAUGCAGCCAUGACGACAUUGUAUAAUAUGAUAAAAAAACAAAAAAGAACUCUUAGUCAAGAUAAAUAAAAAAAACUAGUAGUGCUACUUCAAACUUAAAGUGCCCCAGAUUCUGAAAUCAUCCACUUAAAAAUAACCAAUCGACAAAGUGCUCAUUGUUUUUUGAAAAGACAAACAGUGGUCCCAGCACCCAGUAACAUUAUUAAAAGUAAUUAAUAAGCAGGUGUUCAUAUUCCUGUACUUAAAAGAAAAUCUUUUUAUGUCUUGUGCAUCAUCAUUCGGUAGCUAUUUGAAUCUGAAUAGAUUGUAUGUAGAAAAUUAAAAAUACUGCAAAGUUUAAAUUCCCCGAUCUGGGUCAUUUCUGUGUGAAGGACAUUGUAUUGACACAUAAAAUCAAGUCAAAGUCUAAUAUUGCUGACACAUCCUGUUUGUUCCAGUUCAUUAUGAGUAGAGCUCCCUCCUGUGGGUAACAGUCUCAGUCCUUCAGACAAUGAUCAAAAAGAACCAGGCACAACAACAAGACGAUAGGAAACAACGUCACAUCUCGAAGUGGCGGAAAAUGCUUUCGACAUAACCCAGGACCCUCUGCCAGUCCGGCCCGUCUGCCUUCAGCAUCUCCUCCACUGUCUGUCACACAGUUAACAUGUAAAGGUAUGAUUAUAAGACCUAUGGACACAGCUGGUUUAUGUUGCAAAAUUGUUCUUUACAAAUGUUUUGUGGAAAAUGUCUCACAAGUGUGGCUGUGAUUCCCACGCCCUCUCCCGUCUUAAAAGCAAGGUCCAGAUUUCCCUUCUGUAAAAACAUUUGAGUCAGAAGCAGCCUUUACAUCGUCGGGUGCACAGUUUUACAGACAUACCUUAUAGUCAUGGGUUCUUAAAAAA